AUGGAAUCUAUAUUACCAUCUUCAGAGUGUGCUAACGGAGGAUUUCCAAACAAAAACGGUUGUACGUGUCCUCCCGGUUUCAAAGGCAAUAAAUGCGAACACGGGUGCGGAUCGAACACGUUUGGCAUCGACUGCACAGGAAUAUGUUCAAUGCGCCAAACACAAUGUCGGCAGAUGAUGUUUUGUACCAAAGGUUUUGGGUGCAACUGUCCGGCGGGAUAUAGAGGAGACGAUUGCACCACAGGUCUUGAAUAA